AGAUAGCACCGCCAUUUUGCUAUGUUGUGUUGUUGAAAAAAAGUAUCAAAUGAUAACGCUUAAAUACAUGUAGUUUGAAUGAGUCUGACGUCGAAUCGGAAUCAGUGUCUAUUUAUAAAUUAACUUAUUUGUUUUUGUGUUGGAAAGAGGCGACCGGUUACAAUGGACGAGAAGGCGUCGUGCAAAGAACUCGACCAGUGGAUUGAACAACUAAACGACUGCAAACAACUAUCAGAGAACCAAGUCAAAACGUUAUGUGAUAAGGCAAAGGAGAUCCUCGCGAAGGAGUCGAACGUGCAGGAGGUGAAAUGCCCGGUGACGGUGUGCGGCGACGUGCACGGUCAGUUCCACGAUUUAAUGGAGCUGUUCAGAAUAGGGGGCCGCAGCCCCGACACAAACUACUUGUUCAUGGGCGAUUAUGUGGACCGCGGCUACUACUCGGUUGAAACGGUCACCCUGCUGGUCGCCCUCAAGGUCCGCUACAAGGAGAGAAUAACAAUACUGAGAGGCAAUCACGAGUCCAGACAGAUCACACAAGUUUAUGGUUUCUAUGAUGAGUGUCUGAGAAAAUACGGCAAUGCGAACGUUUGGAAAUUCUUCACCGAUCUUUUCGAUUACUUGCCGCUGACCGCGCUCGUCGACAGUCAAAUUUUCUGUUUGCACGGUGGUUUGAGUCCCAGCAUCGACACGCUGGAUCACAUCAGGGCCUUGGAUCGUUUGCAAGAGGUUCCACACGAAGGUCCCAUGUGCGACCUGCUCUGGUCCGAUCCCGACGACCGUGGCGGUUGGGGCAUAUCGCCCCGUGGCGCCGGUUACACCUUCGGGCAGGACAUAUCAGAAACAUUCAACCAUUCGAACGGGCUGACGUUGGUGUCGCGCGCUCACCAACUGGUCAUGGAGGGUUACAAUUGGUGUCACGAUCGCAAUGUUGUGACGAUAUUCAGCGCCCCCAAUUACUGCUACAGGUGCGGAAACCAGGCGGCCAUCAUGGAGCUGGACGACGCGCUCAAGUAUUCAUUCUUGCAAUUCGAUCCGGCACCGAGACGCGGAGAGCCACACGUGACGCGCCGAACACCCGACUACUUCUUGUAAUUUGUAACAACCAUAAAAAACAUGUAUGUCAAUCGCAAUAUCAUAAACACACAAAAAAUCCGCUUAGAUAUGAUAUACCGUAUUUGUUAACUUCUUAAAUGUAGCAGUAUCCGGAGACGCGCCGCCCGACAGCCCGUUGGCGCGCGUUCAAUCGAGGUACCACGACGGUUUGCAGAUAAAUGGCGACCAAAAAAAAAAAUAAAUAAUAAAUUUUAAGUCACGGAAUCGCCGCUCCGGUCGCUUAUUCGCCGGAACGUCGGUCCUCGUGGAUAUAUACAUAUAAAAACUUGUAGGUAUAUGCAUGUAAUAGUUAUAUACUCAAUGUUCAAUAUAUUAAAGGCAUUUUUUUCAAAUCCGAAAUUAACGUUUCCGUUUCUUGAGGACGCACGCGAUUCACAUCCCGUCGCAUUCCGUUUGUAAAUAGGCCGGGUAAAACUUUCAUGUUUACAAGCGAAAAUCGCUAACGGGACGUUUGUAAAAAAUAUUUAUUACUACAUAUGUACAAAAACAUCUUGAAAUAUAAAAAGAAACAUGUGUUAGUCUCUUCGCUAUUUGUGUACAGGGUGUUCGUUUUACUAGACUUAAAAAUUGUAUAUUUCGUGAAAAACACCCGGUAUAUAAUUUUGGUUUAUGUCCCCCCCUUUUUGGACCCGCAGUCCGUUCCCACUCCCCAAUUUUCUUGUCCAUUGUAUGUCUAAUUGUAAUAAUCAUUUUUAGGAUGUUGCUAUGUAAGUAAUGUAAAACUGUAAAAGAAUACCCGCUAACUUUUGAUUUUAAGACAUGCAAUCUCUUGUAAACCAAUUUAUUUGUUUAAGACUGUUGUUUCGGUUCUUCAUUGAAUAAAAAAAUAAUUUCUAACAA